AUGUCUGCCUCAUUAGAUAAAUCAUUGGACGAUAUCAUUUCGUCAUCGAAAAAAUCUUUCAAGUCAAGAAGACCUGGUGCUAAAGUCGGUGGGGCCAAAGGCACUCAAAAUAAAGUUGGAAAGAAGUUGGUCGGAAACAAAGUUAAGAAGACUGCUACUUUCAAAAGACCAAACGGUCCUAGACCUGGUGCUGCUGCUGCUGCUGCUGCCGCCGCUGCCGUUCCAGCAUUUGAUUUGUCCUAUGCAACAAAAGUCAAUGUAACUGGUUUACCAAAGGACUUGAAGCAAGAUAACAUAAGGGAAUUUUUUCAAUCGCAAGUUGGUGGUGUUCAAACCGUGGCUUUAAGUUAUAACGAAAGAGGCCAAUUUAAAGGUGUGGCCACUGUGAUUUUCAAGUCUAAUAAGAAUGCUUCCUUGGCUGUUGAAAAGUACCACGGUGCUUCAAUUGACGGUGGUAAGGGUAAAUUGUCUUUAGAAUUGAUUAUCGAUACCACAAAGAAGCCACUUGCAUCUAGAAUUACUGCAAAGCCAAUUCAAAAAACGCAAGCUGCCAAGGCUAUCGAGAACAAGAAGAAGUUGUUGGUUAAGAAGGCAAAGAAGCCGGCAAAGAAACCUCAACAAAAGAAGAAAACUGUUGAGGAGUUGGACCAAGAAAUGAAAGACUACUUUGAAAACUAA